AUGGGCUCUGCGGAUACUGUCUAUGACGAGGACUGCCUCAACCUCAAUAUAUGGAGCUCGGCAAGCUCCACUGUUGAAAAAAGACCCGUUAUGAUCUGGAGCUAUUCCGCUGGUGCCAAUGGUGCGUGGAGUAUGUUCGACGGCAGUGGUCUUGCACUCAAAGAUAUCGUUGUCGUGACCUACAACUAG